UAAUUUUUUUUAUUUGCUUUACAGAAAGCAAUAGACCUUGCUAGCAAGGCAGCACAAGAAGACAAAGCAGGAAACUAUGAGGAAGCACUCCGCUUGUACCAACAUGCUGUGCAGUAUUUUCUCCAUGUCGUAAAAUACGAAGCACAGGGUGAUAAAGCAAAGCAGAGUAUCAGAUCGAAGUGUACAGAAUAUUUGGACAGAGCAGAAAAACUAAAGGAGUAUCUGAAAAAGAAAGAGAAAGCUCCACCAAAGCCAGUGAAAGAGUCUGGUACAUCUGAAGAAAAAGGGACUGAUAGUGAUGGGGAAGGAGAGUCUGAUGAUCCUGAAAAAAAGAAACUACAAAAUCAACUUCAAGGUGCCAUUAUUAUGGAGCGACCAAAUGUAAAGUGGAGUGAUGUCGCUGGUCUUGAAGGUGCCAAAGAAGCACUUAAAGAGGCAGUGAUACUGCCCAUUAAAUUUCCUCAUCUGUUUACAGGAAAGAGAACGCCAUGGAGAGGAAUUCUUCUGUUUGGGCCUCCAGGAACAGGAAAAUCUUACUUGGCAAAAGCUGUGGCAACAGAAGCUAACAACUCUACAUUCUUUUCAAUAUCCUCCUCUGAUCUUGUCUCAAAAUGGUUAGGAGAGAGUGAAAAAUUAGUGAAAAACUUAUUCCAGCUUGCAAGAGAAAACAAACCUUCUAUUAUCUUCAUUGAUGAAAUAGAUUCUCUGUGUGGAUCAAGAAGUGAAAAUGAAAGUGAGGCUGCUAGACGAAUUAAAACCGAAUUCCUAGUUCAGAUGCAAGGAGUUGGUGUAGACAAUGAAGGAAUCUUGGUUUUGGGAGCAACAAACAUACCAUGGGUUCUGGAUUCUGCUAUCAGAAGAAGGUUUGAGAAGCGUAUUUAUAUUCCUUUGCCUGAAGACCAUGGCAGGACUGCUAUGUUUAAGCUUCACCUUGGGAGCACUCCAAACAGCCUGACAGAAUCAGACUAUCGAGAGCUUGGAAAGAGAACUGAUGGCUAUUCUGGUGCUGACAUAAGCGUCAUUGUACGUGAUGCACUGAUGCAGCCUGUUAGGAAAGUGCAGUCAGCCACUCACUUCAAAAAAGUGAAAGCACCAUCACUGACUAAUCCAAAUAUUUUGGUAGAAGACAUGCUUACGCCAUGCUCCCCAGGUGAUCCUGACGCCAUUGAAAUGACCUGGAUGGAUGUUCCAGGGGAUAAGCUGUUGGAGCCUGUUGUGUCCAUGCCUGAUAUGCUAAGGUCACUAGCUAACACAAAACCAACAGUAAAUGAACAGGAUCUGGAAAAAUUGAAGAAAUUUACAGAAGACUUUGGUCAGGAAGGCUAAACCAAAGAAAGUUGUAGAACUCGACCUAAUGUUUUCUCCUCUUUGCCUCUUUAUUAAUGGCAUUUCAAAUAAUUGCCAAUGAAAAAAAUCACUUCCUUCUUACUUUGCACAUGGAAUAGAAGAUAUCUUUGCAAAGUCCCUUUGAGCUUUUGUAUUGUAUUGUUUUCCUCAAAUGUCUGUUGAAUGUCUUCUACAGAAAGUAAUACAAAGAGCAUAAUUUUAGGAUCAUAUGGCAAAACAAAAGUGAUGUGAUAAAUUGUAUUUAAAUAUUAGGAAUCUCUUAAAAGAUAAGUUGUUUUACUUAAUGUUAAAUUUUAGAUAAUAUCUGGUAUGCCUGGCUAUAAAUUAUUUAUAAACUCCCAUCGGGCCCAGCAACAGAUGACCUUUUUUGGGGUGGGAGAGGACAGUGUGUAACUGCAUCAAGUGUUCUGAAUGUCAGUCAAUUAGCCUGUACAUCAAUUGCUUUAUUUUCAGCUAGAAAAAUGACAACAUUUGCUAGUAAAUCAGAUAUUGCAAAUGUAGGUGUCCUGUAAAAUAAGUACGCAAAGAACACUGUGAUGGGGGCAAGUAUUUUGAACAUAUAUAAUGGUCAGUACUUACGAUAAAUACUGAUCUUGAACUGGUAUUUGGUUCUUUUUCUGCCAUGCUGUGUUGAAUUGUUGCCUUAAAAAUAGCAAACUUUUUUUGUUUUUUAAUUCUACUUGCUGAGACACCUGUCACUGUGCAAUCUAGCGAAGACUCACAAAAUUUAAGUAUCUUGGAAGAAAGUUCUACAGAUUUUUUUUUUCCAGCCAGUUACUUUCACCAGAAGUUUUAACCAAACAUACCAAAUAUUUUAGAGUACUUGCAUAAGAUUACAUAAUUGAAGUCCUGCAAGGUAUAACCAGUUUUUGAAUGUUGUAAGAGAGGUACUUCUGCAACUAACUAGCGAACUUAUUUUUGGAACUUGGGAAAUUUAGGGAGGAAGUAGUAAAAGGCUACAGCUUUGAGAUGAUGGGUUAAAUUGUCCUUAAGUACCUCUUCAAGUACAGUGCUGAAACUUCUUCUCUAAAAAAAAAAAUAGAAAAGUAGAAUCGUGUUAUUUCCAGUGACAUUUUCUAAUGGAGUAUCGAUUCUCAGAUGUGCCUGAAUGUAACUUACAACACUAUAGUGUCAGCAUUGUUUGUGCCUUGUAAGUUUGCACUGUAGAUAUGAAAGGUCAUUGAGGUAUUUAGAAUGCAGUACAUUCCAUUAUUACUGUAAAAUUCUAUCCCUACAUAUGCUUUGUUUAAACUAACUUGCAUUACAAAAAUUUGCACAUUUCGUAGAUAUACUAUAUGGUCACCUUUUGAUGGGUUCGGUUUUCUUUUUUGUACAUAUUUUGUGUAAUGUACAAAUCAGGAGUGGUGAAAUUUGCUGUACUUAAAUGAAGUAAAAUGUCAUAGUUCAA